ACUCUCACUUUUGGAGUUGAGGUUAUUGCUUUUCUCAUCGCCAUGAAGUACUGGGCUACAGUCGCUGUUCUUGGGCUCCUGGUUAUGAGGGCAUGGGCACAGGACAAGGUGCCCUUAAUCGGUCCACCCCCUUGUGAGUCCAAACAUGCAAACGAAACUGCUCUGGUGGCACUGAAUUUCCUUAACGCUCAGCACACCCACGGCUACAAAUAUGCCCUGAAACACAUCGAGAAAAUGAAUAUCCUCUUCAGGAAAGAUGAACCAAACUCGUAUCUCUUGGAGUUGGACUUGGUGGAAACUAAGUGUCAUGUCUUAGAUCCGACACCUGUGAGCCAAUGCCCAUUCAGGCCAAAACCUUUUGCGGUAGUUGAGGCAGACUGCGAUUUUGUCGUCUCAGAUACAGCUCAAGGUCUUUCUGUUGUGGCAUUCAAGUGUAAAACAAAGACAGCUCAAGACGGAUGCGUGGGCUGCCCUAUGCUCAUUCAUUUGAAUGACACAGAUGGUCUCAGGCUUGUUGAAGCCUCAUUACAUGAUUUCAAUACAAGACAUAAUCUAAAUACUAAAUUUGCACUUCUUGAAAUUGGACGACUUGAAUCCCAGGUUGUCGGUGGCGGGAACAGGUACAUUGCAGAAUACGCCAUAAUUGGGACUAACUGCACGAGUCAUGAUGAUGAUCAUUGCAUCCCCCAGAAUCACACUGUUGCAACCCAUGGCUUCUGUGUAGCUGAAGGUUCUUCUGAAAACCCACAACACAACAAAGUUGACUGCAAAAUCCUCAAAACAAACCAAGCCGAGGAACCACCAAUCGAUGCCACAGUGAAAGUCCCUCAACUUCUACACGCUCACACAUCUGGACAUCACUAUGACCCUGCCAUCCACGACACCAAACAUCACAAGCUAACAGAGCACCACGACCCUGCUGCAAGCGGUCUGCUCUCUGGAGAAUCCUUUGUGAUAGUUUGCCAAAAGAAGGCCCUGUCGUAAAGAGGGAGGCCAUUGCACCAGAGAGCCAGUCGUAGAUGCAACAGUAGUGUCAGAAAUAAAAGAAAAAUUCAGACCUGAUGACAUUCCAUGAACCAACCCAUUAACAUUAUGACACACUCAUAGAUUGUUAAGGUCUUCAGACAUACGAGUUCUGAGAAUUCCAACAAACUGUAUACUGAACCGCAGUCUGGCAGAUUUUUAUGUUUUAUACCAAAGCAUGUACAUGUGUAUAUAAAACUGGCAUAAUAUUACAUCAUUUUAAAGAAGCAAUAAAUGCUGUGACUGGUGUGGUGCCGUAAUAAAAUGUUUACCUUAA